GGAGCGCUCCUCUCCUCGACGACGCGUCUUUUACUGUGUGCUGUUGGUGCAGUUUUCUCUCUACCCUAGCUACCUCAGCUCUUCUCGGUCGGGCGCACCCUCUACCGAGCCACCGUCUCCUCUUUCUCCCUGAAGAAGGCUCUCUUAGAGGGACAAGAUGGCGGAGGGAGAGGGAACGGAUGCGAUCGAUGCGGCCAUCCAAUCUGCGGAGAGCUUGCUAGGGAGCCUUCUCCGCCCGCCGCCGGCUAGUCCUCUCAACAAGCAGCCGCCGCUUCAGAGUGGCACUGAGGAGACGGAGAGUCCAUUGGGAGUGGAUGUAGAAGAAUCUCUCUUCCUUGGACAGCCAGCCCCUCUCUCUCCUGCCCACCACAAUAACCUCCCCACCAGCACCAGUGCAACCUCCACCCCUCGGCAUGAUGUAACGAUGACAUCAGUGUCGCUACCGGAGCUGGGGGGAAUCCCCAGCCAGACCUCCUCCCUCCUCUCUCUGCACGGGUCGGGGAUGGCAGGGGGCCCACCAGGACAGCUGACAGCCGGGGCUCACGCUGCAGUGGAACCUCUUAUUGUGGAGGAAGUGCAGUCCCUUCAUGCUCUAUCCUCUCGAACCUCUAUUGGAUCAAUUACCCCACCUCCCGACUAUGACACAGUCUAUCGAAUCCUGACUGAGAGAGAGAAAGACUUGGAGCUGGCCGCCCGAAUUGGGCGGAGUCUGCUGCAGAGAAACGAGCUGUUGGAGGCGGAGCUUGGCUCGCAGCUGGACCACCGUCAGCAACUGGAACAACAGUUGGCACAGCUACGACAUGCCCUCGGACAGAAGGAGGGACUGCUGCGUCUCUACGCCCAGGACGCUAACGAGGCAGGAGACGAGGGGGCGGGGGAGGGAGAGGGGAAGAAGGGGGACUGGAUCAAGGCCCUCACUGAAGAGUGUCGUCACCUACGAGAUAGCAACUUGCAGCUGACUGCUGAAGCGGACAGACUCCAGCUGGCAACGGCCGAGGUGGAGCAAAAGGAGAGAAGACUGGUGACCCAGUGUCUGGAGCAGAGUUUGCGGAGGCCAGGAGCCGGCUCUCUGAGCUCAGAGAACGAGAGAGGGAACUUACCUCCUCCAGGAACAUGGGGGCUGCAGGCCAAGUUGGAGGGGCUGGAGGAGGGCUUCAGAGAGGAGGUGUUGUCACAACAACAGCUGGAGGCCGAGAACGAGAGUCUUCGUGAGCAGCUCACCGAGGCCCACGAGACGACGACUCAACUCUCGUCACACGUGGCCGAGCUUCAGGACAAGUGGGAGGAGUGCUCCGUGCACCUGAAAGAGGCACAGGAUGAGAUUCAGUCACUGAAAGAGGCGUCCGUUCACAGCUCUCCUCAGACCCAGAAUGGUGACGAAGCUGCAGGUGCCACUGAUCAUGAGUCCAUAGUCCAGGAGAUAGAGGAGGCUCUGAGGAAAGAGAUCAUUGCAGCCUCCACUCUCACUGAGAGACCUUCGUCUCCCAAGCAGUAUGCACUGCAGAGGACGCAGGCAGUAAUGGCCACAGUCAGGGCAGCCACUCAGGCAAUGGCUCGUCGACAAGAGAGGACUUGCAGCUGCUCACCCUCCCCUCCCCCUCCGUCCACGCGCACCCCUCUGACUCCGCCCACCACUCCACCAGCGGACCUUCUCCCCGACCUCCACAAUAUCCACCCCUCUCCACCCGUUUAACCCCAUCGCCACUAGCUCCCAGAGGGACGCUGUCGUCGGCGACCGGGUUCUCCAUCGGAGUUGGCACGGCGGUCUUAAUUCGUCUCAUUUGGCCCCCCCACCCCGCCCCCCUCUCUCCGACGGCAUCUGAAGCGGGAGCACGCUAAGUCUCCCCGACGAGGCUUCGUGGUUGCGUUAUCAACACUACGUGGCACCCGAAAGCUCCAAAUUGUGAAACCCCUCGAGGCUCAGUGACCCUGCUUAAAGUGGAAGCUAAUGGCUCCCCGCAGCUGGGCGGGGCCACCACAUUCUUCUCGGACGCGUCCCGCCCGGGUGUUCACAUCAAGGGCUGGAAAAGCUGCUGGGAUAAAGGACAAGCGCCCGCAAGAGCAGGGGAGCCUCGGACUACCUCCAGAGCUGAGACUGAAGAGUUUGGAGCACAAACGACCUCACUUACUUCACCACCUCCCCUCCUCCCUCCUCACACCCUCCCCACACUCCUCCUCCUCCUUCUCUACCUCUUCACAUCGUCACAGGCGAGGCCAACGCAGGGCUAAAGGGAUCCACAGUCGACUCAGCAAUCUCACCGCUCUUCUGCCAUCGUCGACGGUAACGGAAUAAACACGCUACCGGAAGGGACAAAAUCACAUGAUCAGUCAGAUGAACAGGCUUUGAAGUCACGUGAUCAGAGUGGCGGGGCACAGGGAGGGAAGAGAGGGUCCCAAGGAAAGGAAAAGAAGGGGGAGGGAGAGGAGGAGGGGAACACCUCGCUGCUCAAACAAGUAGGAAACCUGUUUAGCUGGUCGACACUGGGUCUUGGAGGUGGCAGCAAGAAGUCUGGAAGUGAUAGAGAUAGCCACACCACGGGAGAUGGAAUGGAGUCAGUGGAUUCUCCUGACAGAGGGGCCACCAGUGCAGAUGUCGGACUGGCUGGGAUUCUCUAGUGUAUCAUCACUCCUUCCUUUUUUAGUGUACAGUGUGCAGGUUAUGUGUACCAUAGAUCACAGCAGAUAGCCCUGCACUUCAUUGAUAUCAGUGUAGUCGUAACUCUCAUCAAUCAUCAUUUCGUCAGGUCACAGUCAUCAUGUCUCACCAGAUGCCCCUGCACGUGUGUACAUAUUUCAGUCCUAAACUAUGUAUGAAGAUUG